AUGUCCGACGCAGGAGAAUCGCAACAAGACCCAAUCCUGAGAGUGGAAAGCAACAAAGAUCUUAGAAUUACUCUUAUCGGUACCGGAACUAUUGGCCUAUCUUUUGCCGCCUUCCACCUGUCACACCUCCUCGGUCCUUCCCAACUCACAAUCUAUGAUACCCGACCAAAUGUUAGCCAAUACGUCGAAGAAAACCUACCCAAAUUCUUCGCAGAAGAGCCAUCAGCAGCCGCCAUAUCCAACAUCCGCAUUGCUACAUCCCUCGAAUCAGCUGUGGAAGACGCCCACAUCAUUCAGGAAUCAGGUCCAGAGAACCUAGCCUUCAAGAAAGAAUUAUGGGCGAAUGUAGAGAAACACGCGCCAGAGCACUCUCUGUUUUGGAGUAGCACAUCCGGCAUUCCGGCCUCACAGCAGGCGCAAGACAUGCAGGAUAAGUCGAGGUUACUGGUAGUGCAUCCAUAUAAUCCACCGCAUAUUAUGCCAUUACUGGAACUUGUUCCGUCGCCAGAUACGUCAGAAGAAGUUAUCAAACGGACGCAGGAGUUUUGGAUCGGCCGUGGGAGAGUACCGAUACACAUCAAGAAAGAGACGACGGGCUUUGUGGCGAACAGACUGGCGUUUGCGUUAUUACGUGAAGCAGUCCAUCUUGUGAAUGAAGGAGUAGUCUCGGUCGAAGAGCUGGAUAGUAUUGUGGAGAGUAGCAUGGGACCGCGGUGGGCAGUUGCUGGGCCAUUCAAGAGCUAUCAUGCCGGUGGUGGACCGGCAGGGUUAGAAGGCUUCUUCAAGAAUAUUGGUGGUACGGUGCAAGAUUGCUGGCAAGACUCUGGAAAGCCGAAUGUUGGGGAUGGAUGGGAGGAGAAAAUCUUCCAGCAAUCGCAGGACUCAUACGGCAUUGUUGAUGUUAGUGAGCGCGACAGGCUAACACGACGGGUAUUGGAAGUGUUGAAAGAGGAGAAAAGCAAGGGUGCGCACACUUCACACGACUGA